AUGUCUCGUCAUCACCCCGAUCUCGUCAUGUGCCGCAAAGCACCGGGCAUCUCGCUCGGGCGACUGUGCGACAAAUGCGACGGCAAAUGCCCUGUCUGCGACUCCUACGUCCGACCCACCACCCUCGCACGAAUCUGCGACGAGUGUUCCUUCGGCAACUACCAGAACAAAUGCAUCGUCUGUGGUGGUGAGGGGAUCAGUGACGCCUUCUACUGCUUUGAAUGUACCAGACUAGAGAAAGAUCGUGACGGAUGUCCUAAAAUCAUCAAUCUGGGAUCGUCCAGGACGGAUCUAUUCUACCAGAAGAAGAAUUUCAGGAAUCAGUAUUGA